UGAAGAAUCAUAACAUAGAUUAGAAAAAUGUCCGAAAGCACAAUUUCAACAUUUUCUUCUAUAGAGUCAGUAAAUAUUUCCAAUGAAACUAAUCAUGAUAUGUGGAAUCAAAUUGCUCGAAUGCCAUUUGAUCUUUUAUCCAGAACAAAUGAAUUCAUGUACAUUGAAAAAGUUAUGCGUCUGAUAUCUAAAUAUCAUUUUGAAGCUCAUGAUGACCAUAUGAUUGAUCCUCACUACACUUUAAAGCUGUGUACAUUGCUUUUGACGGUUUCAUCUAAAUCCUUGACCGAGAUAGAACAUCUUCGGGAAGAAAUCAGGCGAAUAAACAAUAAAAAAACUUUUAUGGAGAAUUAUUUCACUUCCGAAAUAGAAAAACAGCCUGCAGAAGUAGUAUUAGGGGGUCGAAAUGCUAUGGGGACAAAUUUAUCUGAUAAGGAGAAUUCUCUGGUUUCCAAGGAAAAUAUUAGCAAAACAAACGAAUCCCGACUUAAUAAUGAACUAGGUUGUUUGGAGAAGGAAAACUCUGCUUUAUUAUUGGAGCUCAAUAAAGAAAAGCACGCAAAUGAAGAGUUACGCCAGUUAUUACAGACACAACACGAAGAAAUCACAGCAAUGAAACAGGAUGAUGCUAAGAUGCAUUUGGAAUAUCGACAUCUUGAUUCUCGUCAUCACAGGCUGAUAGAAAGGUUUGAGAAGACUCAGCGAGCUCUCGAAGAAUAUAUAGAAAAUGACACACAAAGAGGACAAUAUAAAGAAAAUGGACAUCUACAAUUACGAGAGGAGAUAAAGUUACUACAGCGGGAAAAUUAUAGCUUAAAUGAGUUACGCAACCAAGCCGAAGAACUUUGUGAACAGAGGGAAUCAGAGGCUCUUCGGGAUAUGACUAAACUCCGACGCAUAUCAAAAGAUCUGAUCGAUGAAGAAAGGUGCAAGUUGCGUGAGGCAACUGAACAUUAUGCGGCUUUAAAAAAAGAACAUAGUACCAACAUGGCACAUUUAGUUGAUCGACAUGCUGAAGAUCUUCGUGUUAAGGACGAAGAGAUUGCUCUAUUGCGCCAACAGCUUGAUAGGAUUUCAACUAAGCGAACAAAACAUUCUGAAGAUGAUACCGUCCUGAUGGCCUCUAGAAAUGAGGAUUCGUAUAGGUUUAUAGAUUCAUCUUCUGAAAAGUCUGAGCGACGACGACUUGAACGCGAAAAUUCAGAUCUCGCUGCGGAAGUUGAAGAACUGGAGCUACGCAUCGAUACUAUGGGUGAAGAAAACAAAAGGCUAUCAAGUUUUAUUAAAAAUUACGAGUGUGGAGACGAAGGUCUAUUACGUUUUCGUCACCAAUUAACCGACCAAAUGCGCACAGUGGAAAUUCUGCAAGACGAAAAUACUCAACUUCGUGAACGGCUUAAUUACAUGGAAGAUUCCCUAUCUUUUACGGUUGCUUUGGAAAAGUUAUGCAAAAAAGUUGGCGUGACUGAUGCGGAGAUUACCAGCCUUCGCUCGAAAAACACGACAGGUUACGACGAGAUGGCUACCAUAAGAGAGGAAUUAAAUGUCUUGAAGCAAGAAAUUGAAUGGUUAGAGAAGGAUCGCAGGCACUGGAUGAACAAGGUCCGUCUACAGCCUCUGAUCUUCACAAAGCUUCGCUUUGAGCUUGGCCUAACAGCUGAACAGCUUAAACGAUUAGACGCAUUGGUGGAUCAAAUGAAGUCUACAAAAAUAACUAUUGAUGAUGGUGAUUCGUCUCAUAAGGAAAAAUACUUAAAAAAAUCGGAAAUCCAACACACUGAUGCCCAAGAGUUCAAGGAAUAUUUAAAAACUAAAAUCGAAAGUGCUAUCAAGGGUGCCUUUAAAACCCUCAAUGAUGGAACUAGCUUAGAGUCUGUGUUAACCAGUUUAGAGGCAACUAUUGAAACGUUGAAGCCUGUGAAUAUUGAUGAUCCAAACCUAUCCUCCGCAAUUUCGUCACUAAAAGCAGAACUUGCAAGCACAAAGCGACAGGUUGACGAAUUUGAGCUUACGAUAAAGGACAACGAAUCUGUGAUCCAAGCGCUUCGUGGAGAGUUGGCAAGUUCUGUGGAUGAAAAGGAAGCCCUCGUCAAAGAAUGUAAUCAGUAUAAGAGCUUUAUGUUCGCGACCCUUGACUCGACAUCUGAUGUGGCAAAUAACACUUUUGAUAAGUGUCGAUACGAUGAUGGAAACGUCCAAAAGGCCGGUGCAGUCCAUAGGGAUACCACUAAAUGGGCCUCUAUUGCAUCAUCAUUGCGCGAUCAGCUAAAAAUGAAGGAUGAUGUUGUCGAAGUUCUUAAACUUAAAUUGAGUGAGGUAGAAAAAAACCUCGAGGAAAAGCAGAGACAAAUCGAGACGGAGAAGCAGCUUAGCCUGUCUAAUCUACAUAUUAAAGAAACCUUAAACGACCAAAUUGUUGCAUUACAAGAAAUGAACGAGGAAAUGAAUGAAAAAAACGUUGAACUCAGGAAAAUCAACUCCGAGGUCACUAGUGCCAUGGACCAGAUGGAGAAUGGUAGUUGUCGAGAGCUUCUUCAGAAAGUUGUGCUCCUGCGUCGGCGGGAGGCGAAACUCUUGAGCCGCCUUCGAAAGGCCAUUGCAGCUCAAGAGGAUGCAGUCGCAGCGGAAAGGCGUUUGCAAUUCACCAUCGACACAACAUUUAAAAACUUACAGGAUGCACUUGAGGGAUCCUCCACUGGGUUUGUCCUUCCACCUUCCUCCGCUUUUCACGACCACGAAAAAAAAAUUUGGACCUUUUGCACACGUCUCUCAAAACUCUCCUUCAAGGUAAGCUGUUCCGUGAGGAUAGUCGUUACCUUCUCCACCUCCAGAGCGUAUAUAAUAAUAUGGAAAUCUCCGAAGAAAUUAAUAUGCUCCGUGAAAAAGACCGUGCGAGCACGCGAACUAUUGAUACCCUCCAAAAUGAGAUUGAUCAGCUUAAGCUGCAGGUUGAGGUGCCGCAAAAUAUGGAUCUUAACGUGCGAUUUCAGAAAGCCAUUGACGAUCGGAAUGGGAAUAAAGAAUACCGCGCCGCUGCGGCGUCUAGGUGGGAGUCUGAAAGCAUUGUGUGGCGGCAAAAGUAUGAGCAUUGCUAUAAGCGUUUAG